AUGGGUUCCGGUGGCCAUGCAACGGAGAGAGAUAACUCCGGGAAUGAAGUUAUUAAGCGAGCCCCAUCUUCCAAACCACCUUUCACUCUUGGGGAUAUAAAAAAAGCCAUACCACCACACUGUUUUAAUCGAUCCCUCCUCCGAUCUUCAUCCUACCUUUUCGUUGAUCUCUUUUUUUCCUUCUUCUUUUACUACGUUGCCGCCAAGUUCAUCGUCCCCCUUUCAACCCCUCUUUCUUAUGUGGCGUGGCCGGUCUAUUGGGUGCUCCAAGGUAGUGUCCAGAUGGGUUUGUGGGUCAUCGGCCAUGAGUGCGGGCACCAAGCUUUUAGUGACUACACAUGGCUAAAUGACACCAUCGGAUACUUUCUACACACGGGUAUGCUUGCUCCUUAUUUCUCUUGGAAAUACAGUCACCGUCGUCACCAUUCCAACACUUCUUCACUCGAGAAUGAUGAAUCUUUUGUCCCAAAAAAGAAGUCCGCCCUAAAUUCUUCUGCGAGACUACUCAACACUCCACCUGGUCGUCUGUUUAGGCUCGUCGUUUUAUGCACCAUAGGCUGGCUUUUGUACAUUUGUUUCAAUGUUUCUGGCCGGAAGUAUGAGAAAUUUGCAAACCAUUUUGACCCAAAGAGCCCUAUUUACAGUGAUCGUGAGCGAUUCCAAAUAUUCCUUACCGAUGUUGGACUUGUUGUAGCAAGCUAUGGCCUCUACAAAGUGGCCUUGGCACAAGGGGUCAUAUGGUUGUUGAUGGUCUACUUUGCUCCUUUAGUGAUCGUUUAUGGGUUUCUGGUGGUAAUCACUUGGUUGCACCACACUCACCCAUCGUUGCCCCAUUACGACUCGACCGAAUGGAACUGGUUGAGGGGGGCUUUGUCAACCAUUGAUAGGGAUUACGGUUUGUUCAACACAAUACUUCAUCACAUCACGGACACACAUGUUGCCCACCAUUUGUUCUUCACCAUUCCUCAUUAUAACGCAAUGGAGGCCACAAAAGCAAUUAAACCCAUCUUAAAAGAAUACUAUCAGUUUGACGACACACCUAUUAUCAAAGCAAUGUGGAGAGAAGCUACCGAGUGUUUCUUUGUUGAGGCUGACAAAGGUGACGACAACACCACCAAAGGUGUCUACUGGUUCAACAAUAAAAUGUGA